AUGGCGGCAUUAUCAUUAAAAAUCUGUAUCGUGGAUCAAAAUUUCUCAAAGACUAUGAAUUUUAAUCCUUCGACUUCAGUGUACGAUGCAUGUAAAUUUAUCAGAGAAAAAAUAAGUGAAGCUCACUUAGGAGAGCCCAAAGAUUAUGGAUUAUUCUUAGCAGACGAAGAUCAAAAAAAAGGUGUCUGGUUAGAACCGGGAAGAAAUUUGGAUUAUUAUAUUUUAAGGAAUGGCGAUUUAUUGGAAUACAAAAGAAAAUUAAGAACGUUAAGGGUUCGAAUGUUGGAUGGAACUUUGAAAACUCUUCUAGUCGAUGACAGUCAGCCAGUUGCCAAUCUCAUGGUUGUAAUUUGUACAAAAAUCGGUAUAACUAAUCAUGAUGAGUAUAGUCUUGUGAGAGAAAAUUUAGAAGAUGAACUUGAAAACAAACCUAAUUUUGGUACCCUUACACUCAAGAGAAAAAAAGAAGAAAAGGAAAAAGAUGCCAAAAUGGAGCAACUUAGAAAAAAACUAAAAACAGAUGAUGAAGUGAAUUGGAUUGAUCCAUCGAAAACUUUAAGAGAGCAAGGAAUCGAUGAAUCAGAAACUGUUCUCCUGAGAAGAAAAUUUUUUUUCUCCGAUCAAAAUAUUGAUUCAAGAGAUCCAGUGCAAUUAAACUUAUUGUAUGUUCAAGCUCGUGAUGCUAUACUACAUGGGAAACAUCCUGUCACUCAAGAAAAAGCCUGCGAAUUUGCUGGUAUUCAAAGUCAAAUUCAAUUUGGGGAUCAUAUUGAAAGUAAACAUCGUCCAGGAUUUCUUGAUUUAAAAGAAUUUUUACCUCUGAGUUACCUAAAAGUAAAAGGAAUAGAGAAAAAAAUAUUUUCAGAACAUAAGAAACAUCAAGGACUUUCCGAGUUGGAUGCAAAAGUACUGUACACUAAAACAGCAAGAGCAUUAAAAACUUAUGGUGUUGCUUUUUUCUUAGUAAAGGAAAAAAUAAAAGGGAAAAAUAAAUUAGCACCACGUUUGCUCGGUGUGACAAAAGAUUCCGUUCUCAGGUUGGAUGAAAAAACUAAAGAAAUUUUACAAACUUGGCCUCUAACCACUGUCAAAAGAUGGGGAGCUAGUCCGAAUACAUUUACAUUAGAUUUUGGCGAUUACAGUGAUGAAUAUUAUUGCGUUCAAACCACUGAAGCAGAACAAAUUCAACAGCUUAUUGCUGGCUACAUAGAUAUCAUCUUGAAAAAAAAACAAUCCAAAGAUCAUUUUGGUAUUGAAGGUGAUGAAGGAUCCACUAUGGUAGAGGAUAGCGUUAGUCCAUUGAAAGCCACAAUUCUUCAACACGAAACAAACAAGAUUGGAAAAGUCAACACCGAAUCGGUAGCCAAACCCGCCAUAAUGAGGGCAGGAGCUGAUGGUGCUCGUACUUACGGAACUGGCCACAUGGGAGCGGCUCAAUAUUCAACAGUCAGUGGUCAGCUGCAUUUGGCUCAUGCUCCACCCACGAUGCAACAAACGAAAAUCACAAAUGUCCUUUCGGAACCUCACAGAGCAUUAUUGUCGACAAUCAGUGCUGGUCAUGAAGUCAUUGUAACAGCAGAAAAAGAAUUGGUUACCAAAGUUCCGAUACCUCCUCUUGGAACAGAUCCCGCUUCUGUAAAAUGGAAAGAAGAUACUUUAGAUACUAAUAAACAAAAUGUUAGUUCACAAAUAGCAGCCAUGAAUGCGGCUACAGCCCAAGUAGUCACUCUGACAUCCGGAAACGAAGAUGUUGAUCAUACUGCUGUUGGAGCCGCCAUUACAACUAUUGCAAGUAAUCUUCCCGAAAUGACCCGAGGAGUAAGGAUGAUAGCUGCUUUAAUGGAAGAUUCAGGAAACGGUGAAAAAUUAUUAGAAGCUGCCCGUCAACUUUGUCACGCAUUUAGCGACUUAUUAAAAGCAGCCGAACCUGAAGCCAAGGAAACUCGUCAGAAUUUGUUAUCUGCUGCUAGUAGAGUCGGAGAAGCAUCUCAUCAAGUUUUAACCACUAUCGGAGAAGAUUCGGAAGAUAAUAAAGAACUUCAAGAUAUGCUUUUGGACCUCGCAAAAGCCGUCGCCAAUACUACCGCUGCCUUAGUUUUGAAAGCUAAAAAUAUAGCUUCCACCUGUGAUGAUCCAAAUGUUCAAAAUAAAGUUAUUUCUGCAGCAUCACAAUGUGCUUUAGCUACAUCUCAACUAGUAGCGUGUUCGAAGGUUGUUGCGCCGACACUUUCUAGUCCUGCGUGCCAGCAGCAAUUAAUGGUAGCAGUAAAAGAAGUUGCGAAAGCGGUCGAAGAUUUGGUUAAAGUCUGUAAUUCCGCUACCACUGAUGAUAAUUUAUUAAGGGAAUUGAGCCAAGCUGCUGCUGAAGUAACUCGAACUUUAAAUGAAUUACUGAAUCAUAUCAAGGGUUAUUCACGUGAAAAGGCUAAAGAAACGGUUCAAGAAAGUGCUGUAGAAACGAUUUUGAUUUCGACGGAUCGUCUUUUAGCAUCUUCCGCAGAUUCAACUGAAAUGGUGAGACAAGCAAGAGUUCUUGGGCAAGCCACUGCUCAGCUUAUUCAAGCUAUUAAAGGCGAGGCUGAAAAACAACCGGAUUCAGAAAUUCAGCGAAGGUUGUUGGCGGCUGCUAAAGUUUUAGCUGACGCCACAGCUAAAAUGGUCGAAGCCGCUCGAUUGUGUGCUUCUAAUCCAAAUGAUGUUUAUCGACAAAAUUCUUUGCGUAGAGCCGUUGAAGACCUAAGACUAGCUACUACUCAAGCAGCAACUCCUGCUUUGCGCAGAAAACUUUUUUCAAGAUUAGAGAAUGCUGCAAAACAAGCUGCUAGUUCCAGCAUUCAAUGUUUGACAGCGGCUCAAAAUGCCGGGCAAAGUAAUCAAUCAAAAGCAUCACAAGAUGAAUUAUUAACAGAUUGUCGAUCUUUAGCAGAUGCUCUACCACGUUUAGCCGAGGGAGUUAAAGGAUCCGUUGCUAAUCCUGAAAGCAGUAGUGCGCAAUUGAAUCUAAUUAAUGCUAGCGAACAAUUCUUACAGCCUGGAGCUCGAGUGGUUCAAUCCGCGCUUUCAGUCGUUCCUACUGUAUCUGAUCAAGCAAGUGCCUUACAAUUGUCUAACAGUUCUCAACAGUUAGCCACAUCUUUAAAUGAUCUCCGAAGUGCCGUUGAUAAAGCUAAAGAAGUCUGCGGAGGUUACGAUGGAGAAGCUUUUAAUUCUGCCUCACAACUUAUAAGAAGCCUUAAAACAGAACUGGAUGCCUUCUACAAAGCUGCAAUGAGAAACGAAUUACAUCCACUUCCGGGUGAAACGGCUGCAGAUGCUGCUUUGAACCUUGGAACUGCUUCCAAAAAUGUUCGUUCUGCUAUGUCACAGUUACAAACGGCAGCUGCGCAACAGAAUGAUAAUUACACUGGUCUUGCUGCUCAAGAAACUGCUAGCAGCUUGAAAGAUUUAACAAUGGCUGUCCGCGGAGUGGCUUCUACAACAAAAGAUCGACAACUUCAGACUAAAGUCAUUCAGAGUGCUGAUAACGUAAUGAACAAAUCCUUAACUUUAAUAGAAGAAGCCAAAGCAACUUUGAUUUCGGGCGAAGAGGCUAAUAAUAGAGAAUUAAUGAGCAUAUCAAAAGAUGUUUCAGCAGCCCUUAAUCAAUGCGUUAGCUGCUUGCCUGGACAAAAAGACGUUGAUGAAGUUAUUGAUAAUAUACACGAUGCUGCUCAAGUUCUUACCAUGAAUGAAUUUCCCCACACAAAUAAAUCUUACGGGGAAUUGCAGCAAGAGUUGAAUUCAGCUGCUGUUAACCUAAAUGAUGCAUCUACUGAAGUUGUGACGAGUGUUAGAAGUUCAUCGAAAUUGGCUGAAUCUUCUAAGACUUUUGGAAAUGCUUUUAAUGAUUUAAUGGGGGUUUCAAUGGAAAUGGCAGGUCAAACAAAGGAUACGGAUAUUAGAAGCCAAAUGGUUGUCUCGUUGAAAAAUGUAUCGUUAGUAUCAAGCAAAUUAUUGACCACAGCUAAAACUGUUGCUAGUAAUCCCUCCGCUCCUAAUGCUAAAAAUCAGUUAACUUCUGCCGCAAGGGCUGUUACCGAUAGUAUAAAUUAUUUGGUCGAUGUUUGCGUCAGUGCCGCUCCUGGUCAAAAGGAAUGUGAUAAUGCCAUUAGAAAUAUUCAGUCGAUGAGACCUCUUCUAGACAAUACCAAUGAGCCGGUUAAUGAUUGUACUUACUUUGAGUGCUUAGAUACCGUGAUGGCUAAAUCUAAGAGUUUAGGUGAUGGAAUGACCGGAAUAGCCAACCACGCCAAAAAAUCGGAAUACGAACAGUUUGGUGAAGCCGUUAAAGGCGUGUCUUCCUCCAUAUGUGGUCUUAUAGAAGCUGCAGCACAAUCAGCCUAUUUAAUUGGAGUGUCCGAUCCUAGUUCGACUGCAGCUCGACCGGGUUUAUUAGAUCAAGCUCAGCUUGCCAGAGCUAGUCAAGCGAUUCAAACAGCUUGCCAGGAUUUAUCGAAUCCGACGAGUAAUCACGAACAGGUUCUGUCAGCUGCCGCAGUUAUUGCUAAACAUACGAGUGGGCUUUGUAAUGCGUUUAGAUUAGCUUCCACAAAAACCACAAAUCCGGUCGCCAAACGUCAUUUUGUUCAAUCUGCCAAAGAAGUUGCCAAUUCUACAGCCAAUCUCGUAAAGGAAAUAAAAAAUCUAGAUCAAGAUUAUAGUGAAAUUAAUCGACAGAAUACCAGUAGAGCUACAAAGCCGUUACUUGAAGCUGUUGAUAACCUUUGUACUUUUGCCAGCAGUUCUGAGUUUGCCAGCUCACCCGCAAAAAUAUCUGCUGCUGCCAGAUCUGCCCAGGAACCGAUUACUUCUGCCGGACACGCAAUUAUCGAUGGAUCAUGUUCGAUGGUAACUGCCGCGAAAUCAUUAGCAGUAAGUCCUAGAGAUCCUCCGACAUGGCAGUUAUUGGCAAAUCAUAGUAAAUCUGUGUCCGAUUCAAUUAAAAAACUCGUAUCUUCGAUUCGAAACAAAGCUCCCGGGCAAAAAGAGUGUGAUGAUGCCAUUGAAAUAUUAACUGGCCUGAUGAGAGAACUAGAUGAAGCUACUCUUGCUGGAGUAAGACAGAGUUUGCAGCCUCACCGAGAAAACACAUUGCAAGGAUUUACAGACCAAGUUCAAACUUCCGUUAAUGAAAUAAGCGAAAAAUUAAAUCCAUUGAAAAUUGCUGCCAAAUCUCAAGCGGAAAACGUUGGACACACUGUCACUCAAUUUAUUCAAUAUUUCGUACCUCUUGUGAAAAAUUCAAUCGGUGCAGCAUCCAAUAUUAUUCAUUCGCAGCAACAAAUGUUGCUUCUUGAGCAGACAAAAACAUUGACCGAAAGUGCCAUUCAAUUAAUAUGUGCCGCUAAAGAAGGCGGUGGUAAUCCAAAGGCGUUGAACAUUCAUCCCGAUAUCGAUGAAUCGACGGAAGCCACGCGAGAGGCUUUGAGAGACUUGAAUUUAACGCUUGAACAUCUUUCAACUCAAGCAGGCGUCAUCACAGGAUUACUCGACUCCAUAACUCGAGCCAUGACACGUGUUACCGAUAACAGAAGUUCGACAAUUGAUAUCGAUCAAAUCGACAGUUUUGUCGACUACCAAACGAGGAUGGUAUCUAGAUGUAAAGAAAUUGCGCACAUCGCCCAAGAAAUGGCCACUAAAUCUAGUUCUGAUACCGAUAAGUUGGGAAAAUUGUCGGCAGAUUUAGCUAAAAAUUAUUCUCAACUAGCAACGGACAGUAUUGGAGCUGCUUCAUCAACGAGCAAUGCAGAUGUAUCCACGAGAAUCAGAAGUGGAAUCCAAACUUUAGGAAAAUCUUGCACGGAUUUGAUCAAAGCUGGAAACAAUCGUCAAAUCGCUCCCAUGGGUGACACGUUCGCUCAAAGAGAUGUCACCGAAGCGUCGAGACACGUUUCUGAACGAGUUUCUCAAAUUCUGGCUGCUUUGCAAGCCGGAUCGAGAGGAACGCAAGCGUGCAUUAACGCCGCUUCAACUGUUUCGGGAAUAAUUGGAGACCUCGACACCACCAUUAUGUUUGCCACGGCGGGUACUUUGCACGCCGAAAAUGAAAACGAAACGUUUGCCGAUCAUCGAGAAAACAUUUUAAAAACCGCCAAAGCGUUGGUAGAAGACACCAAAACUUUAGUAGCAGGUGCUGCUUCCAGUCAAGAACAAUUAGCGGUAGCAGCUCAAAACGCUGUUACAACAAUUGUUCAAUUGGCAGAAGUCGUCAAGUUCGGAGCUGCUAGCCUUGGAUCGAACAAUCCGGAGGCUCAAGUCAUGUUAAUCAAUGCCGUAAAAGACGUAGCGAGUGCUUUGGGGGAUUUAAUACAAGCAACGAAAGCAGCGAGCGGUAAAGGAAUCGAUCAUCCCUCGAUGAACCAUUUAAAGGAUUCUGCCAAGGUCAUGGUUACAAAUGUGACGUCAUUGUUGAAAACUGUUAAAGCGGUCGAAGAUGAACACACGAGAGGAACGAGAGCUCUCGAAGCUACGAUCGAAGCCAUAGCACAAGAAAUUCGAGCUCUUCAGUCACCCGAUCAGUUUAAAAGCACGGCGACUCCUGAAGAUUUGGUUCGUUGUACAAAACCCAUAACCACGGCAACGGCUCGUGCUGUUGCCGCCGGAAAUAGCGGAAAGCAAGAUGAUGCUAUCGUGGCUGCAAACGUCGGAAGAAAGGCCAUAUCGGAUAUGUUAUCUAUUUGCAAGGGAGUGGCUAGUAAUGCUGAAACUGUUGAGGCGAGAAAUCGAACUUUGCAAGCAGGUCACGACGUUGCCGUACAAUACAGAGAACUCCUCCAAGCGAUUUUGCACGUUUUGAGUAAACCCGGAAGUGCCGAAGCCAAAAAUUUAUUGCCUACGAUUUCUAGAAAAAUUGCACAAUGCGUCACAGAGCUUGUAACAAGCGCACAAUUAUUAAAAGGAGCCGAUUGGGUGGAUCCAGAUGAUCCGACGGUAAUAGCAGAAAAUGAACUUUUGGGUGCGGCUAAUUCAAUCGAUGCCGCCGCUAAAAAAUUGGCCAGUUUGAGGCCAAGACGUUCGAUUCAGGAAACGGAUGAAAGUUUAAAUUUUGACGAAAUGAUUUUGGAAGCCGCUAAAUCCAUUGCCGCCGCAACUUCCGCUUUGGUUAAAGCUGCAUCGGCCGCACAAAGAGAAUUAAUCGAUCUUGGAAAGGUUAGCAGAAGGCCUUUGACAUCCUCGGACGACGGACAAUGGUCGGAAGGUUUAAUUUCUGCUGCAAGACUCGUGGCUGCAGCCACUCACAGCCUUGUUGAAUCGGCAAAUUCUCUCGUGCAGGGAGUGAGCUCGGAAGAAAAAUUAAUAUCGGCUGCUAAACAAGUGGCGAGUUCAACGGCCCAACUUCUAGUCGCGUGCAAAGUCAAAGCCGAUCCCGAUUCAGACAGUACAAAAAGAUUACAAGCUGCUGGAAACGCGGUUAAGCGAGCCACGGAUAAUUUAGUACGAGCUGCACAGCAAGCCAUACAACAAGAGGAAGAGAGAAGUUUAAUUUUGAACAAGAGAAUGGUCGGCGGUAUCGCUCAAGAGAUAAAUGCAAGAUCCGAAGUGUUCAGAAUCGAAAGACAAUUGGAAGAAGCGAGGAGUCGGCUGACGGCCAUAAGACAAGCUAAAUACAAACUCAAAGGAGGAGACAGCGACGUUGAAACGGACGGGUACCAAAGCGGAUACGAAAGUUACGGGAAUCGGUAA